AUGCUCGAGGAUGAUGUGGUUUCAAAUAUAGCGAUUGGUACAUAUGGAGCUGAGUUUCUUCAAUUUCAGCUUAAAGACUUCACUAAGCUGUCUAUCCUUACUCAUUGUAACACUGGAAGUCUUGCUACAGCUGGUUAUGGAACUGCUUUAGGAGUUAUUCGUUCACUUCAUACACAAGGAGUUUUGGAAGGCGUUUAUUGUACUGAAACACGUCCAUUCAACCAAGGAUCGAGAUUGACAGCAUUUGAAUUGGUCCAUGAAAACAUUCCUGCUACUCUAAUCAUAGAUUCAGCUGCUGCUGCAUUAAUGAAGGCUGGUGGUGUACAUGCUAUAAUUGUUGGAGCAGACCGUGUUGCAGCAAAUGGUAUUUUUUUUAUAAUGAAUAUGUAA